GUUGUAUUUCUCUUUGCAGAAACAAGGUGAAAGAACAACAACUAGCUGGAUAGAAAACACAUUGUGAUAGUGCUAUUGACAAUAACUUAUUAUAAUAACUGAAUUUUUUUAACAAGUGCAAAAAUUAAAAACUAUAAAAUAAAGUGACUAAUGACUAGCUAUCAGUGACUUUUUUAUAUAAUUUUGAGCAAGAUACCAAAAUGUCGCCAAAUAAAUCAGACAGCGGCUGCUGUAUGGGACCAAGUUGUUCCUCAGAAGCUUCAACUUCUUCAGCAGCUUCAAGCCACAGUUCUUUAAGAAGGGAUAACAAUAAUGUAGAGUUAUCAAUGCGGAAUGUGAGACCAGUUGACAUCAGAUUCAAGGAUGUUAGGUACCAGGUUUUGGAGAUGUCACUGACUAAACUCAGAGUUGGUCACAAGGAAAUCUUACAUGGAGUUAGUGGACACUUCAGAGCUGGCCAACUCACAGCAAUCAUGGGGCCGUCAGGUGCUGGCAAAAGUACAUUAUUGAAUGUAUUAGCCGGAUAUAUAUGCCGAGGAGUAUCUGGAACAAUUGAAAUGAAGGAUGUACAACCCGCAAAUGACGAAGAAAGUGAAACCCAACACAUAAAAAAAGAUAAAAGUUCUUCUUGCCGAUAUAUUCAUCAAGAUGACAAACUGCGUCCGUGGCUGACGGUACAAGAAGCCAUGUCCUUAGCCGCAGCACUAAAAUUAGAUAAAGAUGCACCCAAAAGAGUUAGAGACCAAAGGAUUAAAGAAUUAUUAUCGGCAUUAGGACUAUCGGAUCAUGUCAAUACACAAACCGGCAGACUUUCGGGUGGUCAGAGAAAACGACUUUCUAUUGCCUUAGAAAUGAUCUCCGAUCCUGCUGUUCUGUUCCUGGACGAACCCACAACUGGUUUAGAUUCGUCCUCUUGUACGCAAUGUAUAACUUUGCUGCGUUCCCUGGCACGCCAAGGUAGAACCGUGGUUUGCACGGUGCAUCAACCUUCCGCCUUGCUCUUCGAGAGAUUCGACCAGAUUUACGUGCUGGUGGAAGGACACGCAUUCUAUAGAGGUUCUCCAUUAGCAGUACAGCCAUUCUUAUCCGCAACCACUGGUUUAAGAUGCCCACAGUAUCAUAAUCCAGCUGAUUUCAUGAUGGAGGUAGCGACAGGAGACUACGGAGCAGAUUUAUCAAAUAUUAUAUCCGCAUGUAGUAAAUUAUAUGCUCUUCAAGAAGAACAAGAAAAAUUCGAAAUGCAAGGAAUUGAAGGUUCUGAGAAAGUGGCUCUACUGAAAGAAGUUGAAUCCUUAGGAGGCAAUGUAGAUAUUGAAUUAGCAUCUCAAGUAUUUAAAGGUGAUUUUGUCAACAAUAGAAAAUCAUUACGAAAACAACAAGCAGAACAAAAACCAAUCAGACCUCCUUCAUUUUUAACCCAAUUUUGGUUGCUGUACAAGAGACAACUUUUGGGUGAACGCAGAAAUUAUUCGAUGCCUUUACUUCGUUUAGUAGCACAUAUGCUGAUCGGUGUUCUUUUUGGAUAUUUAUAUCGCAAUGUGGGAAAUGACGCUGAUUCGGCCCUGGGCAAUUAUAUUUAUCUAUAUGGUACUAUGCUUCUUCUUGUAUAUACUGGGAAAAUGUCCGUAACACUUAAUUUUCCACUGGAAAUGGAAACAUUGGCACGAGAACAUUUUAAUCGAUGGUAUAAUUUGGCACCAUACUACUUAUCUGUGAUCUUGUUUGAAAUACCAUUCCAAAUAUUGUGUACUCUUGUAUAUGUAGCAUGCAGUUAUUACCUCACUGGUAAUCUACUCGACUGGUUUAGAAUUGGAUGCUUUGUUAGCAUAACUAUAUUAGGAAGUUUGUGUGGACAAAGUUGGGGUUACUUUAUAGGAGCUUCAACUCCUGUGAAGAUCGCAGUAUUUUUGGGUCCAGUUGUUGCAGUGUUAUUUUCUGUAUUUGGAUUUUGUUUGUGGUAUGCUGAUAUACCAUACGCACUAAAAUGGCUGUUCCACUUAUCAUAUUUCAGAGCAGGAUUUCAGGGAUUAGUCAUAUCAACAUAUGGCUUCAAUAGAACUACGUUGCCCUGUCCUGAAGAUAAGUUGUAUUGCCAUUACAAAUACACAAAACGAUUUCUAAUGGAAGCCGAUGCAACAGAUGUUGUACUUUCUGAUAAUCUGUGGUUUGUAUCAGGAACCAUAUUUGUUAUGCACGCUUUGACUGUUGUUGUGAUAUGGAUGAAAUUGAAUAAGCGAUAGAUUUAAUAUUAAUAUAGAAUUGUUAUGAUAGGUGAUAAUGCACUAUUAUUUAUUUUAAGAAACUGUAGUUGAAAUACUCAUCAUAUGAGUAUAAGAUAUACAACCUAUCUGUUAAGAGCAUUAUUAUAAGUAUGGAGAUCCUUUCCACAUCACAUAUCUACACAAUAUUAGGUUCGUUGAUAAAUUAUAAUAUGCCUUGAAAUUUUCUUGCUGUGAUAGAAUUUUGAAUCAAGUUAAUAUCUUGAUUAUAACUAUUUUUGAGUAUGAGAAAGUAGUUCUUAAUUUAUUAUCUGCGGUUGAUAUAUUUACUAGUGUGAAGUUAUAAUGUUAGUAUCAAUAGGAAUAUUGCCUUUCUUAUUACCAAUAUCAUUAAAUUAUUUUAAGUUUAUAUCAAAUGUAUUUAGUUUAUAGUAAUAAAGCAUAUGCAUACGCUCAUUAUUUUCAAAAAUAAAAAGAAAACAUGGUAGUAAUUCAUAUUCAAUAACAAUUAGUAGCACUUCUUUAGCUGUUCAUAUGAAAUUAAAAUAACAUAAUAAAUAAAAUGUAAUACUAAGAUUAUUUUUAAUAUAUAAGCAUAACAUUUAAAGCUUUUGAUGCAAAGAAACAAUUUGUUUAAAAUUGUUAUUAGAUUGUGGCAAAUGCACAUUGAUAUCAAAAAGAAUGAUAAAAAUUCUUACAAUGCUUUUUAAGUUAUGCUCACAAUCAUAACAACAAUGAGAAAUUUUGUCAAAAGUAAUUCGAAGAAAGAUGAAAACCAAGAUCUGUUAAUUUUCAGAUAUAUAAAGUCGUUCAAUGUUCCAAAAUUGUUUGAAAAUGUAUUAUAAUAGUUUAUAUAAUUUUUUCUUUGCAAAAUUUCAUUGAAACAAAGCUGCACCUCAGUAAAACUUGAACAGCAUCAUAUGUUUGAUGCUUAUAAUUAAUGCCAGUUUGUCACUAAUAUUAUUCACGGACAGAGAUCUCACGAUUAGAUUACAGUUUUCACUGUUAAUUUGAGAAGAAUCAUAAUAGAAAAGUUUAUCAUAUAUAAUAUAAUAAUCAUUCAAAUCAGUAUAUUAAUAUUAAAUUUA